GUGACUUGACGUGGAGCAAGCCAAUCCCCUUUAGGCCGUUUUGUGAUGGGCGUGUCAGAGAUCCCACUGACCGUAAGCCAAGCCCGCAUAAACAACCGAAGUUAGCUUGUCGGCUAGCUAGCAGCCUCCGAAAUGGCAUCGGUAUCGGCGACAGAUGAAGCAGCGGAGUGCCCGGCCGCGACAGCCGCGGUGGAGUCCAUAGUGCCCGCCUGCAUGUUCGCACCCGACCGGGGGUGUGCGGACGACGCGGCCGAGGAGGAGGGCUUCGAGGACGGCGAGGGCGCCAACGGCGAGUCCGCGGAUCAUCUAGACUUGAGCAGUAAGAUGGUCCUCGUGAGUCCAACAGGGGAACAGUACGACUCAUUAAUCCGACACCUGCGCGAGCGGAUAGACGAGGGCAGCGGCGAGACCAUCUUCGUGGUUGGAAUGGGCUCAGAUGGAGGCGACUACGGUCUGGAUGAUAAGGACAUGGACGCGUCUGUAGCCACGGUGCGGUCGCUGUGUGACCAGAUCGAGGCCGACCUGAUCCUGCUGCGGGAGAGGGCGGACACCGGCGGAAAGAUCCGGGACUACCUCAUCAGACGCCGUGUGGGCGAGCUGGACUUCCUGGAAGUCAGAGUGGCGGUUGUUGGGAACGUGGAUGCAGGGAAGAGCACUCUGCUGGGGGUCCUGACCCACGGCGAGCUGGACAACGGCAGAGGCUUCGCUCGCCAGAAGCUCUUCAGACACAAACACGAGAUGGAGAGCGGCAGGACCAGCAGCGUGGGCAACGACAUCCUGGGCUUUGACCAGGAGGGACAGGUGGUGAACAAGCCAGACAGCCACGGUGGCGGCCUCGACUGGACCACGAUCUGCGAGAAGUCGUCAAAGAUCAUCACCUUCAUCGACCUGGCCGGCCACGAGAAGUACCUCAAGACCACCGUCUUCGGCAUGACGGGGCACAUGCCGGACUUCUGCAUGCUCAUGGUUGGCAGUAACGCCGGCAUUGUUGGCAUGACCAAAGAGCACCUGGGUCUGGCACUGGCCCUGAACGUACCCGUGUUUGUCGUGGUCACCAAGAUAGACAUGUGUCCAGCCAACGUCUUGCAAGAGACCCUCAAAUUAUUACAGAGGUUAUUAAAGUCGCCGGGCUGCAGGAAAAUCCCAGUGUUGGUCCAGAACAAGGACGACGUCAUCGUCACAGCCUCCAACUUCAGCUCGGAGAGGAUGUGUCCGAUUUUCCAGAUCUCAAAUGUGACGGGCGAGAACAUGGACCUGCUGAAGAUGUUCUUGAACCUGCUGUCCUCCAGGACCACCUUCAGCAACGACGAGCCCGCGGAGUUCCAAAUAGACGACACAUACUCAGUACCGGGCGUGGGCACGGUCGUGUCGGGGACUACGUUACGAGGGAUGAUACGGCUCAACGACACGCUACUCUUAGGGCCGGACCCGCUCGGCAUCUUCAUCCCCAUCGCUGUGAAAUCCAUCCACCGUAAGAGAAUGCCCGUCAGAGAGGUGCGCGGCGGACAGACGGCGUCGUUCGCCCUCAAAAAGAUCAAACGUUCAUCUAUAAGGAAAGGAAUGGUGAUGGUCUCCCCAAAGCUGAUGCCGCAGGCCACCUGGGAGUUUGAGGCGGAGAUUCUGGUGCUGCACCACCCGACCACGAUAUCCCCGAGAUACCAGGCCAUGGUCCACUGUGGCAGCAUCAGGCAGACGGCCACCAUCCUGACGAUGAAUAAAGACUGUCUGAGGACGGGCGACAAGGCCUCGGUUCACUUCCGCUUCAUCAAGACGCCCGAGUACAUGCACUGCGACAAGAAGCUGGUGUUCAGGGAAGGACGCACCAAAGCUGUGGGCACCGUAACCAAGCUCCUCCAGUCGGUGAACACCCUGGCAGCGAAGGCCCAGCAGGCCAAGAUGCUGGCCAAUAAGAAGCCUGAGGAGGCGGGAUCGACAGCGCGGCCGCCUAGUCCCAACUCCGCACAGCUACCACUCAAGUCAGGAGGCGGAGGACGCAGGAGAGGCGGCCAGAGACAUCGAGGGAAGGGCCUGAACGCCGCCACCAUCCCCACGCCGGUGGCCGCCGGAGCAGCCGGCACAGCGUAAAAAAAAUUCAUAUUUCAUUUCCCCUCAGCACGUGUCAUCUCGUUAAAGGGAGGAAAAGUGACUGCACGGCCCUCUGGUGGUUGUAUUCAGACUCUUAACAGAUUGUUCAGCAAUUUUGAAUCCGAGAGAGAGUGAAGUACGUUUUAAAAAGUUUUUAUCGGGGUAUUUUUUUCUUGUGGGCUGCUGGAGACGAUCAAGUUUUCUUAGUGUUUUUUGAGUUUUAUUGCAGUUAACUGCGUCAUAUAACAUUUUAUUUUGUAAUACAAAAAGGUUUUCGGGGGAGCGUUCACCUUGUCUGUUGUUCAUCAGAACUCGUUUUUUUGUAAAGCAUUAACUGUUUGUUUUUGUCCCAGCGAGCAGAGGCAUCAGUCACUUUCCCUGCCUUGACAUUUUCCCAACCUUUCACACUGCUGCUCGUCCGUUCUUCCUCAUUCUGCUUCCUUUCAGCCCAACUGUCAUUAAUCAAUGCACCAUUCCUGCGCGACGCCCGUCUACAUACCGGUCACAUCAGUCCUUUGAAAGGGACACUCGCUGAAAAAGGGUUAUUUUUCUUCUAAAAAGCUUCUGACUGACAGUUCAAAUCGACUAACAAUGGAAAUGGAAACUGAUGCCAGACUUGACGGCCACACGUUUUGUCACAUCUGCUAAAUGAUGUUUCACGCGUCUGCUGAUACGUUUGUUCGCCGCGCCACCGUCGUUCAGGUUGGUAGCUAAAAGUUGUUUUUUCCCAAAAAAUGAGAGAUGGCGUCGGGUUAAAUUUUGUGGCCACUUUAACGGAGAAGUUCCUGGGAUCGUUGCCACUAAUUGCACUAAUGUUAACCAGGGGUUACCCGACAGGAACAGAAAAAAAAACGCCUCUCGUCCAUUUUAUACUAGACGUUUUUAUAUAAAACCCCUUUUCCAAGAGCCCCCGUGGAAGUUUUACUGGAUCCGUGUAAGUAAAGUCAAGUGUCGAUGUUUCUUGGUCACGUGUCACCGUGGCGCAGGUCCUCCUCACGUCACCAUGCCAACUGGUGGGUUUUUUAGGUACACCUAGCUAAAAGCUAAUGCAGGCUAAUGCUACAGGGUGGUAAUGACUUCUAGCUACAUUUUUUUUGAGUGGUGCUGAUUCAACUGCAAGAACAUUGAAGGCUGCAGUUUGCUUUACUUGCAUUAUUUAAUAGUUUGAUUAUUAGGCUGCAUUGGCUUGAGCUAGACGUUCCUGAUCAAGUGAAAACUGAGAAUCUUAAACCAAGCAGGCGCGUGCACAACUUUCUUCCACGUCGAUGAGGCUUGACCACCAAAAACAAACAAAGAGGCUGAUCCACGAAAAUGACUGAACCUGUAUUUUCCUUUAUUAGACUAAGUGGUGUUUCACACCUUAAAUGUCAAAAGCCAAGUAAGAACAUGUGUGAGUCCCAAAGCAAAGCAUCAGGGGUCAAAUACAGAUUUGUAAUCAAGACGCGGGAAGUCGAUCGGAGAUCAUUUUUAAUACGUUUAAUACCAAUAAUCUACAGAAUGUUUCAGUUUUGACUCUUUGGGAGUCGAUCAGCCGGAGGAACAAUGAGACGGAAACUUUGUGGCGUUUUUGUUAAAGGGGCAGUUAUCGAUUUUUUUUUAACCCCCCCCCCCCCCCCCCCCAAAAUGGGACGUGCUAGCUCGUGGCGCCUUGACUCGGGUUUUGGCCUUUGUGGUUAGCACGUCGGUCUCACAUAACAAAGGCUGCGGGUCUCCGGGCUCCGACCAAUCGAUCAACAACAACAACAACAAAGACGGAGACAAGUUUUCUCCAAAAUCGCUUACUGCCCCUUUAAGGGUCUAAACGGAGCACAAGUUGAAAGUGCAAGUCAUAAGUAAGCUAAGCUAACGUAAGCUAUCAAUCCCAAUCAGAAUAAACUAGAUUAAGUUGCUACAGUUUAUCGCCACCAAUAACUACAACCUUUUCUUUUUCCACCGGUUACAUCCAGUCGUUGGACCGCCCCUAGUUCAGAGUUUUAAUAUUGGGGAUGAAACGUUGAAAGUUUGAUGAUUUCAUCAUCCUGGUCAGUCUCGAGUCUUUGACGCGCUUGAAUUACCCAUUUUAUGAUGAUCACUGAAACUGCCGGAACACCCCCCCCCCCCCCCUUUUCUUUUUUCCCUUUGACUUGUUUUUUUCUUUCUUACUGUUAGUGCAUGGGUUAACGUUUGAAGGGACACGUUUCGUGUGUAUGUAUGUACAAAAAUGCAAGUUGUGCAGAAGAACUAAGGAUGAAAAAAAAGAUGCCAUUUAAGUUAAGUGGUGCCAGUUUGUUGUUGUAAAUCCUUUUAAAUAAAGAUGUUAUAGAAAACUGA